UUUGAACAGCGGCCUCAAGACUGUGGGGUAGGGCAGGACGAGUGUUUAUAGUGGAGUCUGUCUGCGCUUAAGCACAGGAUGGCUGUGCUCAAUCAGAAGUCUGUGUUGGAUAUGAUUAAAGAGUUCAGAAGAAAUUGGCACACUCUUUGUAACUCUGAGAGAACUACUGUAUGUGGUGUGGAUUCCAUGCUCUUGGCAUUGCAGCUUUCUAUGGCAGAGAACAACAAACAGGAGUAUGGACCCAAGGUCAUUGUGGGAUGCAGAAGGUGGAAGGUCUGGCUUCUGUAAUUGCUUCCCCGCUGAACAUGGGCAGGUCAAUCCAUACUGUGAGACUGCCUGUCUCUUUCCCUAGUGGGGCAGGGCUCUGGCACAGAGGAGAAUUUACAGUCUGUCUCAGUGAUGUCUUACUAGCCUGGAAAUAUUUAAUACAUGAGAAAUUGAACUUACCAGUGGAAAAUACGGAAGUGAUUGACCAUUAUGAGAAUAUUAAGAAGACUUAUGAUGAUUUCUUAAAAAAUAGUAAUAUGGUAGAUUUGAUUGAUGUUUAUAAAAAAUGUAUUUUGACUUCUAACUGUGAAAAUAAUGCCACCAUAUCCCUGAGUCAACUACUGGACUUUUUGUUUGACAGACAGUAUGCAGUAGAUAAUGAAUCUGAUCUUUACAUACCAACAUCACCAAUGAGCAAACACAGCCAGGAAAAUGAAAAGGCACAGUUGCUGGCAAAGAAAAUUAUCUUCUCAUAUCUAAAUCUCCUGGUGAAUUCAAAGAAUGACCUGGCUUUGGCUCAUAUCCUCAAUAUUCCUGAUAGGGGACUUGGAAGAGAAGCCUUCACUGAUUUGAAACAUGCUGCCCGAGAGAAGCAUAUGUCUAUCUUUUUGGUGGCAACAUCAUUUAUUAGGACAAUUGAACUUGGAGGGAAAGGAUAUGCACCAUUACCAUCUAAUCCAUUAUGGAAACAUGUAAAAGGAUUGUCUAAUUUUAUUAAUUUCAUUGACAAAUUAGAUGAGAUUCUUGGAGAAAUACCAAAUCCAAGCGCUGCGGGGAGUCGACUACUUUCAGUGAUAAAGAUGCAGCUGAUUAAAGGCCAGAACAGCAGGCAUCCUUUUUAUAAAGCAGUGGAGGUAGUUGCUCAGGAAUUGGAUUUGAGGAUUAAAAAUAUUAUCAAUUCUCAACAAGGAGAAGUAGCUGCUAACACCACUAACAUCAGUCCUGCACGGCCAAAAUCUCAUGCUAUAAACCAUGGUACAGCAUAUUGUGGCAGAGAUACUGUGAAAGCUUUACUAGUUCUUUUGGAUGAAGAAGCAGCAAGUGUUCCUACCAAAAACAAAGCAGAUGUUUUAUAUGAUGUUGAAAACACAAUUUAUCAAAAUACACUUUCUAUUCUUACACUUUUUAGGUCUCCCAUGCCAGUGAAUAAUUCGUCAGUGAAACCCCUAAGAGAACGCAUCCUUAAGUCAGCACAAAAGGAAAAAAUUAAGCAGAUGAGACAAACUUUAAUUCAAUCCCAGUUUGCUUGUACUUAUAAAGAUGACUGCAUGAUAAACAAGAAUAAAUGGAACAAUGGUUCAACAUCAACCCCUUCAUGUAUUCUUCACAUGGAAAAUGACCUUUCUGAAGGUAUAACUUCGUCUGUUGGAAGACUAGCAGUUGGAACUAGUUCUGGGAAUAGUCAUCUGGACACAAAUGAAAAUGAAAAAGGAACGAGAAAAUCACGUAGUCAGAGAGGGAGUAAAAGUUUGAAAAGGAAACAGGUGGAUUUGAAUGACGAAAAGAUGUUAUAUGAUAAUGGAAAUGAAGUACCUCAGUGUAAAAAUGUCAAGAUAUCUAAGACAUCUAAGCAUUUGCAGAAUAAACUGGAUGGCAAGCAAGUCAAAGUUGCAAAAAUCAAUAAGUGUACUGCCAAGAAUCAAUUAAUUACUGGCCAGACAAAGUUAACUCAGUUUUUUAGAAUGUGACUUUUGUGCUUUUCUUUUUUAAUUUAUAUAUGUAUAGCACCCAUUUGCCAAAGACACUUUUCUUCUUAAAGAUCAUAUGUAAAUGUGAUGCUUUAUUAUUUUGAUCUGCAGUGUAUGUAAAAUUAGUAAACAUUGUUUAAAAAACACUA